AUGGACUGGCACGACCCUGAUUGUCGCCGGAUAGAUCCAAUCCCGUUCGACGGCAAAUUAUGGACUUGCCAAGCCUGCGGAACAAUUGGUCCUCUUGAAUUCUCCGUUGACCAUGUUGCCGACCCUGUCGCUGCGUCUGUCAAUGAAGAGGAAGAGCACCCAUCAGAGGCUAUCGCACCGUUAUCGUGGCCAUCAUGCGUCAAUUACCUGACCGAGACAUCCGAAGAGAAUAUAAAAAAAGUCUUACAGGAAGUCAAGGCCAGCCAGGGCAUGGUUUGUACUGGCAUUACCCACCAGACCGCUACAGUGAGCGAUGCUUACGGGCGAGAAAUCCAAGCGGUGAUCUAUCCUGAGUUCACAAAAGCCUCACACAUAAGGAUCCUGGAGCUUCUUCCUGCAUCUCUUGAGAAGGCGCUUGAGGGUCGCCUACUGGUAGUUGACGUGGACAAGCCGCCUGCUUACGAGGCUCUGUCAUACACCUGGGCUAACGCUGACAACGAUGCCUCUCUUUGCCAACGUAUAUUCAUUGGACGGGGCAACAGGGCUCUACCAAUUACCUCGAGCUGUCAUCAAGCGCUUCGUCAUUUGCGCCAAGAACUAGAAUCAGUCUUCGUCUGGGUAGAUUCGAUUUGUAUCAACCAGUCUGAUCUCGAUGAAAGAUCAUAUCAGGUCGCCAUGAUGGAUGACAUCUUCUCCAAGGCAACCGUUGUUCAUGCCUAUGUUGGGGAGAAUCAAGACAAUGGUAUCAAUGCCAUCUCUCUUCUCAAGGGUAUUGCUGAGUCAACCGACCCAAGAAUGACACAAUUUGCAAAUCAUGCAUCAAUAAUACUGGACCCAUUCUUUGAGCGACCAUUCUUUUCGCGUCUAUGGGUGGUGCAGGAAGUCCUGCUCGCUCGAACCGUUGUUUUGCAUUGUGCUGAUGAGUCAACACCAAUCACAUUCAAUACGAUAGCCAAGGCUCGCAUAAGCGGCGUUGUUGUCCCGUGGUGGACUACGCAUAUUGGGACGAUUGGCCCGUACGUCAAGAGUGACCUCGUGAAGGUCCUCGCUGCGACCGCCUCAUGUCGCAUGACGGACCUACGUGAUAAGAUCUAUGGCCUACUUGGACUAGUUGAUCUAGAAGAAGCCGACAUCUUGAAAGCAAACUACAAUCUUAUGGUUCGUGAAGUAUACAUUGGAACUGCCGCAUACCUCAUACAGCGCAAGGGAAGACCCGAAAUCCUCGAACUUACAGAAUCGUUAACCAACAUGAAGCAACGUAAAACUUAUGGCAUUCCUAGUUGGGUUCCCAUGUGGGAUCUACAAGAGAGACCAUUCGUCGUGGCUGACAUUUCCCAGAGGUUAGGUGAUAUUCAGAAUGGUAUAAACGAAGCGUCAGAUAGGAUCGCUGCUCUAUUGGUACCUAGUUCGACAUCAUCUCAACCCAUCUGGAGCCGCUCGAUGAAAUCCCUUCGCAAGAACGUCACGCUUUCGACCUCUGAAAUUGAGACAGGAGAACCAGACCCGGAAAGAUAUUACAGAGCCGUGGAUGCUGAAACAGGCUGUCUCAUUACGUCGGGAUACGAGAUUGCAGAGUUGAAACGUACCGACUUCAUUCGCUUGUCGCCAAACAGCACAAUUGAUGGUGUCCAUAGAGAGAACCAUUACCGAGUGCUUCGCCAAGGCGUGGUAACCCUCGCCGUCAGUGGUCCAAUGGCAACUUUACGAAACACACCAGAACGAAUCCUGGUGUCGAGUGAUUUCCUGGCUUUGGUCAAGAUCCCAGGCUGCAAAACACUCUUUGUCGCUGACAAACAUAUCCGUCGAGACAACGUCAUUACGUAUAAGCUUAUCUACCCAUGCGCAUCUGCAAUCAUAUACUCGAUAGGCAAGCAGCAUCUCUACAGUAAACAUCCGGAAUUCGACAGAACAUGUAUCCUCGAAGCAACCUAUCCCUUGACCCUGGAUAUUAUUACGUUCCUGUACCAAUGGAGAUAUCUAAUUCAACCAAGGGAAGACGGAUUGAUCACAUGCAACUCAGCUGAUUCGUUUCUGAUGAAUCAACGUAUGGACGCCAUGAACCUUUAUUCCAGAUAUGCGGUCAUCACUGAGAUCGAAUCACCAUCUGUUUCGGAAGAUGAUGUCACUGCUUGGAGGCUCCAACUUGAAGAAGACCCAGACUGGACCAGCAAGCACGAGUCAUCGUUGGUCGACGAUUUCUUUACAGAGCUUUUGGGACUUGAGCAUUUUUGGAGCGUGCAAAUCUUUGAAAAAUUGGCCGAAUUAGACUUGAGCGCAGCACAGGACGACCUGACCUAUUGUGGUAAGGUUCUGGAAACCUUCUCUACGGUUGACGAUUCCCAGAAGCAACCGCACAGACGGAAAGAAAAGUCUGGCAAAAUCGAGGCUGAGAUAAGUGGCUGGAAAGCUGCCUGGGGUCUUCUUUUCAAACGGUUCAAUGGAUUAAUCUCGAUAGCCCUCAAGCAAGAAUCGAGUUUAUUCCCUAGAUCAGUUGACGACAUCUUUGAGUUGCCUGAGUCAUGGCUGGGAUCGUAUAAGAACAAACAGGAACUCGUUGGAGUUCUAAGAGAGAGAUAUAUGCGUUGUACAAGGUUGUUGUCUUGGACAAUUGAUUCCGCUCAGGCUUUCAAGGAUGCAAUGGAAGCUUUGGAGGGCCGGCGAGAAAUAUUAGGCAUGUUUGGGGUGGGAAGAGAAAACGAAAAGAUUAUAAUUGAGUGA